AUGAGGUCUCUGUGCAAGCAUUUUAAGAACCUUGGAGUAUCAAUGAAAGCUGACGGUACUCCCUUUGAAGUAACUGGGGUAAAUGCAAACAUGAUUGACAUGCCUUCUGUCUCUGUGUGCAGUCCAGUAAUCCAGACAAAUGCUGAAGCUGAACAAGAGAUAAAAGUUGAAAUGGAAAUUGAUGUAAGCUGCAAACAGUGUGCCAUAAAUGUCCCAUGCACAGAUACACAAUCAUUAAAUGAAUCGCAUGUUCAACAGACACCAGAUGUACUUUAUGAGGAGAUAACAAAUGAAUGUACCACUGAUGUUGAAUUUAUUUCACAAACUGUCAAUGAAACUUUUCAGUUUAGUCCUUUAACUGUGCAGCAACAAAAAAGCAUUUGUUUAAAAUUGAACAUUGUAAACAUUGUGAAAGAACAGAACAACGCAAGUGUGGCUGUUGAAAUCGCUGAGCCUUGUGAAACUAAAAGUAUCGUUGGAGAUGGAAAUUGCUUUUUUCGAGGAGUAACCUAUGCUGUAUCUCAGGAUGACCGGGAACAUCGUAGAAUGAGACGAGCUGUUGUUACACACAUACUGCAGAAUGAAUCAAAGUACACUCAGUAUCUCCGAGAAGGACACAGUUCUGUAGCGGAUUAUAUUUCCACAUCAAGAAUGAAAUAUCUAGGUGUUUGGGCAACAGAACUUGAGAUUCAGGCCACAAGUGAAUUAAUCGGUGUUGACAUAUUUACAUACAGUGAUAAUAAAUGGCUUAAAUAUUCAUCUUCAAAUCUCUCAUCAAGUAGACCUGAAUCUCAAAGCAAUGGCAUUUACCUGAAACAUGUCAAUAGCUGUCAUUAUGAAGUUGUCAUGUGUGUAAAAGAUAAAGAUGGUUGUUGUCCCUCCUUUUGUAAAUCGCUAUCUGAAGAUGGAUCAUUAAAACAUACACCAUACUCACGUAAGCAGUAUAGGGAGAAAUUACAAUACACAACUAAUAAUGACUUACAACAAAAGAAAAACAGCAUUGCUAAGAAAAGAUAUCAUGAGGAUAAAAGUUACAGAGACAAAAUUAUUAAAUCCAGCACUGAGAAAUACAACAAAAAUGAACAGCAUCAACAAAAGAUCAAACAAUACAGUAAAGAUAGAUACAAAUUUAAUGAUUUGCAUCGUGACAAUGUGAAAAAGUUUAGCACAGAGAAGUAUGCUAAUGAUGAACUGCACAAACAAUUUGUUAAACAAUACAGAGGCCCACAAACGACGCACAAACAGGCUGUGAAAAAAUUUAGCUGUCUGAAAUACCAUAACAAUGCAAAACAUAAACAGGCUGUAAAAGAAUUUAGCUGCAGCAAAUACCGUGACAAUGCAAAACACAAACAGGCUGUAAAAGAAUUUAGCUGCAGCAAAUACCAUGACAAUGAAAUACACAAAAAAAUGGUAAUUGAAUAUAACAUACAGAAAUAUAAAAAGGUACAGAUCCAAAGGAAAGAGAUUGAUUUUGUGAUUGAACAAUUUAAAGAAAAAAUAUCUACAGGUCCUGAAUAUGUUUGUUCAGUAUGCCACCGCUGUUGCUUUAAAAUGCAGGUUAAACAUUGCAAAAUAAACACAUAUUUUCAAAAAUCUGUCCAUGCUGGCAAUAUUGCAGAAAAAUGCAUAACACUUAAUUAUCUGCAUGAGUGUAACAAACAAUGUUGUGAAGACUGUGUUUAUAAAAACAGCCCUGCUUCAUCUCUGUGGAUUUGUCACACAUGUGAUAGAAAGAUUUCUAAUGGUAAAAUGCCUGCUGAAAGUGUAGCAAAUAAUCUUGCUCUGGAUCCUAUUCCUCCUGAACUGAGCUGUUUAAAUUCUCUCGAAGAACAUCUGAUAGCAAAGCACAUACCAUUCAUGAAAAUGUUGGCAUUACCACGAGGGGGCCAGAAUGGUGUUCAUGGACCUGUGACUUGUAUUCCAUCUAAUGUUACAGAUGUGGUAAAUGUGUUACCAAGAUCGGAAAAUGAUGAUUUGAUGAUUCGUGUAAAGUUGAAGAGGAAAUUAACAUAUAAAGGACAUUAUGAGUAUAAAUAUGUACAUACUGAUAAGAUAAAGACAGCACUGGCAUACUUGAAGGAUAAUAACAAGUGGUAUGAAGAUGUGAAUUUCAAUGAAAGUUGGAUUAAUCCUCUGAGUAAAACAGAUGAAGAGAUCAUUGGUGAAAUUGACAAUAAUGAACAACAUUUAGAUAAUUGUCAAGAGAUGUGUGUUGAUACAGAGAACAAAACUGAAAAUGAAGAUGAUGAGAUGACUGAUGAGACACUUCAUGAUAGACAACAGCAUGGUUUAUAUAUGGACACAUGUCUUGAACCAGUUGAUAUUGCACAGGAAAUGUGUGAUCAGCAUUUUGAAGGCAUUAUGUCACUUGCACCAGCAGAGGGCAGCAAUCCUGUGAGAAUGUUAAUGGAUGAAACUAAUGAAGCCAAAUGUUUUCCAGUUCUCUUCCCAAAAGGAACAGGAACAUUUCAUGAAUCAAGACAGGAAAAAAUAACACUUUGUAAAUACUUGAAAAAUAGAAUUCUAAAUGCAGAUGGUCGUUUUGCUCAAAACCUAGACUAUAUAUUUUAUGGGCAAUAUUUAUCUGAGCUGAAUCAAGUUAUUUCAAAUGUAUCUAUUGCUUUAAGGAAAGGCUAUGAUAGCAAGAACAAAACACAAAUUGCUCCAGAAACUUUGACAAAUAAAGAAUCACUUCAAAAGAUUUUGAAUUUUGAUCAGGGUUACAAAUUUUUGAAGCCAAUUAGAGGAAGCCCUGUAUUCUGGUCUUCAAUACAGAAAAAUUUAUUUGCGAUUUUGAGACAAUGUGGAUUGCCUUCUUUUUUUGCAUCAUUCUCAUCAGCUGAUUUGAGAUGGCCAGAGUUAUUGCAGACUAUUGCUAGACAUGAGGGAUGUGAAACUCCUAUUGAUGAACUGGACUGGUCUGAGAGAUGCGGAAUGCUGAAACGUAAUCCAGUAAUUGCUGCUCGUAUGUUUGAUCAUCGGUUUCAUUGCUUUCUUAAAGAUGUGAUUAUGUCACCAGCUCAACCAAUCGGAAAAGUUGUUGAUUAUUUCUAUCGUGUAGAAUUUCAGCAACGUGGAUCUCCUCAUACACAUUGUCUGUUUUGGAUUGAAAAUGCACCUCAAGUGGACAGAGAUGAUGAUAAAGAUGUUGUAGCAUUUGUUGAUAAGUAUAUCACUUGUGAAAUGCCAUCUGAGGAAGAUGAGAUGUAUGAAAUUGUGAGCAGUGUUCAACAGCACAGCAAAAGACAUUCAAAAACAUGUAAAAAGAAAGGAACUGUGUGUAGAUUUAACUUUCCACGUCCGCCAAGCAAAAAUACUUUCAUUACAAGAAGCAGAUGCACUGAUACAGAUAAAAAGAAAGCUGAUGAUAAACAACAUGAAAGCAAAUGCAAAAAUACAAACAACUGUAAUGAAAUAUCACAUGAGUUAGCUGAAGCUAUAUUAAAACAAGUAAAAGAAUGUUUGUUGAAUAGUGAUGCUGUAUUUGGUUCAGUUGACUCUAUGUUUGAUUCGCUUGGUAUAAAUCAAAAAAUAUUUGAAGCAGCGUACAGCAAACUGACAAAAAAAACAAAUGUUCUGUUGAAGAGAAAGCCAAGUGAUGUAUGGGUAAAUCAAUAUAAUCCAGAUCUUUUACGAUGCUGGAAUGCAAACAUGGACAUACAGUUUGUUGUUGAUGCUUACUCUUGUGUUGUUUAUAUAAUUUCCUACAUUUCCAAAGCUGAGAGAGAAAUGGGAUUGCUGCUGGCUAAUGCUCAAAAAGAAGCAUACAAUCAGGACAAUAUGGAUGCAAAACAGGCUUUAAGGAAACUUGGAAGUGUGUUUUUACAUAAUCGUGAAGUCUCCGCACAAGAGAGUGUUUAUCGAUUGACAAACAUGAAAUUACAACAAGCAUCAAGGAAAGUUGUCUUUAUUCCAACUGGUCCUAAUACAGUAAAAAUGAGUUUACCCUUAAGCGUCAUACAGAAAAAAGCUGAAUGUGCAGAAAAUGACUGUGAUGACAUAUGGAUGAAAAGCAUCGCUGACAGAUACAGAGCACGACCAAAUACAAAAGAAUUUACUGAAAUGUGUUUAGCAACAUUUGCAUCAGAAUACAGAGUUUUGUGUAAAUCUGAAAGCUCGUGUUUAGAGAGAGUAAGACUGGAAAAUGACAUGGGAUUUGUGAGAAAAAGAACUCGCUCAGACUUUGCUGUUGUACGUUAUGCUCGCUUUUCACCUACAAAGAAUCCAGAAAAUUAUUAUCAAAGUAUUUUGGAGUUGUUUUUGCCUCAUUUUUUCCAAAACCAAUUGAAACCACAAAAUUUCAGUUCCCAUAAGGAUUUUUAUGAGACUGGAUUUGUAAGCAUUAAUGAUGAGCUUCAUUCUGUAAAACUGAUAGUGGACACAAACAUGGCAAAAUUUGAAAAAGAAGCAGACACACUACAAAGAGCACAAGAUGAUUUACAACAACAUGGACCAAUGGAAGAUGCUUGGGCUGAAAUCUGUCCUGAAACAGAACUUGAACGUUUAGAAUGUCUCGAGCAUAAACAACAAACAGAAACAGAUGAAGGUGAUAAUGUCAUACCUGAUCUAUUGCCAAAUGAAGGUGUUUCCAGAAUAGAAAAAAAUCCAUCUGCUAUGACAAAACAAGAUGCAAUGCCUUUGUUACGUUCUUUAAAUGAAAAACAGUCAGAAAUCUUUUAUAAAGUACGUCAAUGGUGUUUAGCAAAAGUACAAGGUGAAAAUCCAGAUCCAUUUCAUGUUUUCAUAUCUGGUCCAGGAGGUGUUGGAAAGUCAGUUUUGAUUAAAGCGAUGUAUUAUGAAACUUGUCGAAUCCUCUCAAAGCUGUCAGAUAAUCCAGAUGAGACACACGUGCUGUUAACAGCUCCGACUGGUGUUGCUGCAUACAAUAUCAAUGCUGCUACAAUACAUAGCACUUUCUCUAUCGGAACAAACGUUUCACUGCCGUAUCAACCUCUUGGAGAUGAAAAAAUUAAUACUUUGCGAGCUAAAUUUGGAGAGUUGCAAAUAUUAAUAAUUGAUGAAAUAUCAAUGGUUGAUCAUAAACUUCUAGCAUACAUUCAUGGAAGACUAAGACAAAUCAAACAAACUAGGGAUUAUUCUGCAUUUGGUAAAGUCUGUGUCAUAGCAGUAGGAGAUUUUUAUCAGCUGUCUCCUGUUAAAGGAAAACCACUUUACAAUGAACCAGUGAACAGUGUCAAUCUUUGGGAAACUAACUUCAGUUUCGUUGAGCUUACAGAGAUUAUGAGACAGAAGGACAAAGGCUUUGCAGAAUUAUUAAAUCGUUUGAGAGUACAUAAAAAAGGUGAACCACUGCUUGAAGAAGACGUUGCUAUGCUUAAACAAUGUGAAACUGGUGAUGGAGAUGAUAGCUCAGAUAUCCACAUUUAUGCCACUAACAAUGAAGUUGAUGAUCAUAACAUAAAGAUGUUGUGUAAAUUGUGCCCUGACACAGUUACUGUAAAUGCUCAAGACUUUGACAGAAAUGCUAAAACUGGCCGAAUGGAAAGAAAAGAUGGGUUUCAUGUCAGAAUUCAAAAUAGUUCAUUAGAGAAAUCUCUUGAAUUAGCUGUUGAUGCUCGAGUAAUGCUGUUGAAGAAUAUUAAUGUUUCUGAUGGUCUUGUGAAUGGAAUAUUUGGGACAAUUAAAGAAUUCUGUUAUGAGGAUGAUGAAACAUUUCCAUCAAAAAUAUAUAUUGAAUUUGAUGAUAAAAGAAUUGGUAAAGAAGCCAGAGGUAAAAACAUAUGCUUAAAACCGGAACUGGAGAAAAGUACAGCAAUUGAACCUGCAGAAGAAAAAGUCACUAGUGCUGGGGGCAUGAGAAUACAGUAUCCACUGAAACUCGCUUACGCAUGUACAGUUCACAAAGUACAAGGUUUGACAAUGAACAAAGCUGUUGUGUCAAUGAAAAAGAUAUUUGCUCCAGGACAAGCUUAUGUUGCAUUAAGUCGUGUGACUUCUCUUGAUGGACUGAUAAUAGAAGAUUUCAAAGAGAAAGUUAUUUUUGCAAAGGAUAACAUUCAACAAACUUUGCAGAGUAUGCCACCAUUUAUUGUUCCAUGUGAAACAACAGAAAGUUUAAUAUUUCAAAUGAUGUUACACAAUGUGCAAGGGCUCAUUCCACAUAUCUCAGAUAUUCGACAUGACAAUAGAUACUUUCAAGCAGAUAUGUUUUGUGUGACAGAAACAUGGCUAAAACCAAACCAUUUUCCGAAUGAUAUCAGUCUUGCUGGAUACUAUUUUCAUGACAAAGCACGAAGUGUUGCAUAUGACACAAGUCAAGAUGUUUUUGCUAAACUAAAAAAAGAAAAUCAUGGUGGUGUGGGUGUAUAUCACAGAGAAAAUGUAAAUGUUACUGUAGUUGAUUUACCAUGUAUUAACAUUGAAUGUGUAAUGUGCAGGAUUGAACAUUUAAACACAACUGUGGCAGUCGUGUACAGACCUCCAUCAUAUAAUGUGCCAUUGUUUAAAGAGAAUUUGACUAAUUUGAUCAAUGAAAUCAACAGAUUACCAGGUGGCAAAAUAAUUCUUGGAGAUUUCAAUGAAAACCUUCUCAAUAAAUCAAGUAUUCAUGAUGUCAUGCAACAGUUUGGGUUUACACAAAUUGUUAAAAGUGUAACAACUGAAAACGGCACAUUGAUUGACCAUGUUUACAUAAAAGAUAUUGAGCUGGAUACAAUAAAGGUUUACUUAAUGCCAACAUACUUUAGUGACCAUGACUGCAUUGUGCUAAAGUGGCUAUUUUAAUGUUCCAGAAAGACAAAGACAUAUGAAAUCAUAUAAAGCUAAAGGCCAUGAAACAGUUUAAGAAAAU